AUGUUGCUCUUCGGUCUUGGGAAUCUUGUUUACGCCAUCGUUCUCCUCAUCAACGCCAUCGCCGUCCUAUCCGAGGACCGCUUCCUCGCUCGCAUUGGAUGGGGCCGAACACAAGCUGAGCCGGGCUUCGGCGCGACCGCCGACAGCACCAGCGUAAAGGCGAAGUCGAUCAACUUGAUUGCUUCUGUGAGAACAGUAAUGCGGAUACCACUCAUCGUGAUAAACACUGUUAUAAUCGUCUACGAGCUUAUCCUCGGCUGA